AUGGAGGGUCUGUCUCUCCUGCAGACGAGCUUUCGAAUUGUUGGUAGCGCAAGGGCUGCGGCUGCCUUCAAUUCCACGGUGCAGUCGGGCGCAAUUAAAGUGUUACGUUUAGAGGAAUUCAUCAAGCCGCUUCGCAUCAUUGACCCUAACCUUCAUUCUAAGGGUAUGAUCUCAACUCCAUCAACUGUUGUAGUUGUGCUCAUGCUGGAGCAAAUCAAACAGGCUGCCAAAGAGUACGUCUGUAUGCAAAUCACGGACUUGUGCGGGUCAGAUGCCAUCCUCGUCUAUGAAAAAGAUCCAUCUGCAGCUACAUCGAUGAAUAUGGAAGUGUACAGUGUUAUCUGUCUCCUCAGAACAAGUGUUGUGCACCUUAAGAAUGCCUUAUAUCUUGAAAGUCCAGAGAGUCAAAUCUUGCUGCUAGGACGUGCCAUCAAUGUUAGCACGUGCAGACAUUUGAGCUUCACAGAGGGUCCGUGCUCUAAUGCUAUCGAUGUGCGCGUAUCUGUCUAUUGCCCAGCGCACGCAGCGGGGGCCAUGUCAGCGCCCAAUGCGGCCGGUUUGCGAUUAUAUGAAGAGCUGCCUCUUAUGGGUUCAGCUGCAGCACGUGCACACCAUGCGUCGAAGCAGAUGCAUUUUUCCCCCAAUCUUACCUUCAAUGAGGUAGUAGAUCAUGUAGUCGAACGCCGAGCACAAGCUGAGCUUCUUAAAACUGGUGAACUAAAAGGUAAGAGACGCACCUCAGGACUUGCAAAAGAGAAGCAUCUCGGGCUUUCUGCAGUUAAGCCGUAUGCUACAUUGAAAAUGAGUUUGCAGGAAGAAAGAAAGAGCGAAAGUGAAGCAACAAAGGCCACGCUCUGCAAAACAUGCCAAAUAGUUGCGGUAGUAGCUCCAGAGAGCUGCACUAAAAGCGGCCAUAAUUUGGAAACAAUCUAUGUUAAGGUACACCGAUACAAGUGCAAGACCUGUUCCAGAGCCUAUAAAACGAUACGAAAAUCCGGUCCUAGCUUUUCGUGUAGCACCUGUUUUACCAGCGCGUGGGCUACUUACUAG